CAAAUUCCAACUUUUAAUUAAUAAGAAAAAAAGGAAAAUAAAUCGCCCCCUUUGUGUGCCGACAUUGUCGAAUUGAGAGUAACCUAAUCCCUCAAAUCUCGUCUCUGAAUCCAUCUAUGGCGGAAUCCGAUAACCCCAAAUCUCUCUCUCAGGAUUAUCUGCUUAAGGAUGCAGAAGAGAAGGUGAAUGUAACUACAGAAUCCGAAGCCAAAAGUGCUGGCAACGAUUCUGUUGAUGCAGCUCCCGCACCACCUGUCACUACAAAUCCGGUCGAGCCACCUGUCACCACUGCAGUCGUUGAAAGUGUCCCCGAAUCUGUAGAUGCUUCUACCACCGAAGAAACUGUUGCAGCAGCCGACAAGUCUGAUAAUGAUGUCACUGAGGCGUCACCUGCUGCCACUGAAGAAAGCAGCGAAAAUACCGAGAAAGAAAACACUGCUGAUGAAACACCUGAGAUUAAGCUAGAGACGGCACCUGGAGAUUAUCGGUUUCCAACUACUAAUCAAAGCCGACACUGCUUUACCAGAUAUGUUGAGUACCAUAGAUGCGUGGCUGCAAAGGGAGAAGAUGCUUCUGAAUGCGAUAAAUUUGCAAAAUAUUAUCGCUCACUUUGCCCAGGCGAAUGGAUAGAUAGAUGGAACGAGCAAAGAGAGAACGGGACGUUUCCAGGCCCGCUGUAAAACCCCAGGUUACAAUUUGGUUUGGUUUGGUUGUUAAGAGUGAGAAUUGAGAAAUGGAACUCGAAACGACCUCAACAUUUUAAUAAAACAAUUGUUGUUCCGUGUUUUAAAUUGAGGGAGGCUAGAAACAUGUCGGCGUUUGAUGCCAUUACUCACAGGUUUUGUUAAGAUCAUAAGCUUUAAAUGCUUCAAACUUUCAUAUAAUAAUGUUUCGAAUCGUCAUGCGUUUGGGCGAGCGUGUCGCAUGUUACGUUGCUAA